UCCGUCUGGCCUGCAGCUUUGCAUAAAUGUCAUUGUCGGGAGGAAACUAACUUUUAUUUUGGUUUUGUCGUGACAAAAUGAGGAUUGUAUCCGCCGUGCCACUGUGUUUGUGUUUGUGUUUGAUGCUGGGGCUCCCUGGACCAGGAAGGGGAGAAGAACUUCCCGACCCGCCCGCUGUGGACUGCCAGUGGAGUCGCUGGUCUGAGUGGAGACUUUGUGAUCCCUGCACUUUGACGCGAAGGCGUUCUCGAAGCGUAGUGGUUUUUGGCCAGUUCGGUGGCGAGGCCUGCCAGGGCUCGAUCGGCGAGCGGGAGCCUUGCGUAGCCGAUACAGAAUGCCCACAAGAGCCACUUCCUGCGUGCUCAGACACGGAGUUCCAGUGCGAGUCAGGCUCUUGCAUCAAGAAGAGGCUGAUGUGCAACGGAGACUACGACUGCGAGGACGGUUCCGACGAGGACUGCGAUCCCCUCCGGAAACCGUGCGGCUCCUCAGUCCUGCAAAACAACGAGCAAGGCAGGACGGCAGGAUACGGAAUCAACAUUUUGGGCGCCGACCCCCGGAUGAACCCCUUUAACAACGACUAUUUCAACGGGAAAUGUGACCGAGUCCGGAAUCCGUACACCGGAAAGCACGACAGGCUUCCUUGGAACGUCGGCGUGCUCUACUAUCAGACACUUGCAGAGGAAACGGUCUCCAGGGAAGUCUACGAGGACACGCACAGCCUUCUGAGAGAAAUCCUCACAGAGAUGACGGAGAAAGUGGAGGCGGGACUUUCCUUCAAGUUCAGCCCGAGCGAGGAAUCCAUGUCGUCGGGUGCGCAAGUCGGCGUCGGUUUGGAAUAUCAGUACAAGAAGGAAUCCAUGAUCAAAGAGGUCUCGGAGUACUCCAACAUAAAGAACAAGAGUUUCAUGAGGGUCCGGGGCAGGAUCCAGUUGAACACCUACAGGCUUCGUUCCCGCGAGCUCCAAGUGGCCGAUGAGUUCCUGGCGCACAUCCGGUCUUUGCCCGUGCAGUACGACAAAGCCAUUUACUUUGCCUUCCUGGAGGACUACGGGACCCACUACACCAAAAACGGGAGGUCCGGCGGAGAAUACGAGUUGAUCUACGUUCUUAACCAGGAUGCCAUCAAGGCCAAAAAUCUGACCGAGCGGAAGAUUCAGGAAUGCGUCAAAUUGGGCAUCUCGGUGGAUUUUGCCGUGGACAGUAUUAAAGAUGGCAAAGCUCAUGCCAGCGACGACAAGUGUGAAACCGUAUCCACAAGUCUCAAAGACGAGAUCGCCGGCAAGGCGGUGGUGGACAAGGUGAUGACGUCCGUCAAAGGCGGCACCCUGGAGAGCGCGGUGGUCAUGAGGGCCAAGCUCAACAAAGAAGGUGUGAUGGAUGUGGACACCUACCAGAAGUGGGCUCGGACCAUCGCCGACGCCCCGGCGCUGCUCCACAGUGAGCCGCAGCCCAUCUACACCCUGGUCCCCCUGGACAUGGCGAACGCCAGCGCCAGGAUCGCCAACAUGAAGCGGGCCACGGCGGACUACAUAGCGGAGUACAGCGUGUGCAAGUGUAGUCCGUGCCACAACGGAGGCACCCUGGCUCUGCUGGACGGGAGGUGUGUGUGUCUCUGCUCCAAUCUCUUCGAGGGACGGGCCUGCCAGAAUUUCAAAGGCGACAAAAUCAAGCACUCGGUGGCUACGAGGCCUACGGUCUCCCAAGAGGGCAACUGGUCUUGUUGGUCCAGCUGGUCCAGCUGUAGCGGUGGAAAGCGGACCAGGACGCGGGCUUGCAACACGAUAGGAGUCCUCGGCGCCAUCUGUAGGGGAGACACCAGCAGCGAAGAGUACUGCUGA